CCACUUAACGACAAUAAUGAACCACAAGGAGUGGUAAUGGUGGCCAUGGCGAUGGUGGUUUCCUAGAGAGAGAGAGAGAGAGAGAGAGAAGAAGACCAAGAACCAGAAAAAGAAUCACACAAGUCCAACACGACACACACACACUCUGAUUCACCGAGUUUCCAUAUAAAGAGACAAGAACCGUUUACUUCGGACAAGGAGACAUGCAAAACUAAUCUGGUGUCCUGUCUUCUUCACCGGCGGUCCAUCUAAUUCUCAAAAAAGGGUUUCUCUUCACUCCACCUAUCUCCUUCUGCAUCUCUAGUCCCUUGUUCGAUCAGCUUAGAUGUUUAAUCUCUCCCAAGUCUUGCCCUUUUCGUUGUUCGAACUCUGGUUUAUCUCUCUCGUUGCGUGUGAUUGAUCUUGUUUACUGAUUUGCUAAUCUUUUCUUCUCAAGUCAACGCUUUUUGCCCAAAACUAUAUAAAGUUAGGAACUUUCAAUCUCAAUUUGUUUCUAUUUCUAGGUUUUUGAUUUUUUUCAAUGGAUCUUGUUUUGUGUAUUAAAAAGUUUUAAUCUUUGGAUCAUGGUUGAAUGAUAUAGGUUUUCUUCAUCUUGUUAGACGUUAUGCAUCAGAUGAAUAAGAAAGAUUCAACUUUGCCGUACCUGAACACUAGCAUCUCAUGGGGAGUGGUUCCAGCUGAACCCCUAAGCAUGAAAGUGGUUGAUGCAAGGCCUAAACAUACCACAAAGCAAAUCAGUUUCCAGGACCAGGAUUCAUCUUCAACUCAGUCCACUGGUCAGUCUUACACUGAUAUUGCUAGUAGUGGUGAUGAUGAUAAUCCUUCCAGACAAAUCUCUUUUUCAACAAAAUCAGGAUCUGAAGAAACCCAGCAUAAGGGAUUUGCAACUCAUCCUAAACCAGGCUCCAUGACCGGACUCCCUAGUAUACACUUUGCUCCAACGCAGGCUAAUUUCUCUUUUCACUAUGCUGAUCCACAAUUUGGUGGUUUAUUAGCUGCAACUUAUCUUCCACAGGCACCAGCAUGCAAUCACCAAAUGGUGGGUAUGGUUCCUGGUCGAGUUCCACUACCAGUGGAGAUCACUGAGACUGAGCCAGUCUUUGUCAAUGCGAAGCAGUAUCACGCAAUCAUGAGGAGACGGCAGCAACGUGCCAAGCUUGAGGCUCAGAACAAACUAAUCAAAGCGAGGAAGCCGUAUCUUCAUGAGUCUCGACAUGUUCAUGCUCUUAAAAGGCCAAGAGGAUCCGGUGGAAGAUUCCUAAACACCAAAAAACUUCUUCAAGAAUCUGAACAGGCUGCUGCUAAAGAACAAGAAGAAAGCAAAAAGGCAAACAUGUCUAGAUUUGAAGCUCAUAUGCUGCAGCACAGCAAAGACCGUAGCUCAACCACCUCUGGCUCAGACAUCACAUCUGUAUCCGACGGCGCUGAUGUCUUUGGACACACUGAAUUCCAGUUUUCAGGUUUCCCAAUCCCAACUCAGACUAACCGAGCCAUGCUUGUUCAUGAUCAGUCCAAUGACAUGCAUGGAGGUGGGGACUUGCACCAUUUCUCUGUCCAUAUCUGAGACAUUGGAUCAUUUGGUGCUGUUUCCAUGUUCCCACCAAACGGGGGAAGUCAUCCUUGGCUACUACUACUAGUUCUGUUACUUGCUACUGUUUUCGUUUCACUUUAUGUAUGUAUGUGUUAGACAUCACAACAACAACCAAAAUCUUCACUUUGGAACACACUUUUUCACUUAUGUGUAAACUACUAGUUUGAUUUUCUUAUAAACUUUUAAUUGCUUUA